AUGACUGGACGCGGAAAGGGAGGAAAGGGACUCGGCAAAGGUGGAGCCAAGAGACAUCGCAAGAUUCUUCGUGACAACAUCCAGGGUAUCACAAAGCCAGCGAUCAGACGUCUUGCGCGUCGUGGAGGUGUCAAGCGUAUCUCAGCCAUGAUCUACGAAGAGACCCGCGGUGUUCUCAAGACUUUCCUAGAAGGUGUUAUUCGUGACGCAGUUACCUACACAGAACACGCGAAGAGAAAGACAGUCACUUCUCUCGAUGUCGUGUACGCGCUCAAGAGACAGGGGAGAACACUUUAUGGUUUCGGUGGUUAA